AUGUUCCAAACUUCUUACCACCGGCCGGUUCGGUUCAUUCCUCAAGAGAUCCUAGAUCACAUCAUCGAGAACAUCAAUAACGACGACGCGUACAAGAACAUGUCCCUUGUCUGCACGGCGACUCGUGCUCGAUGCCAGAAACGACUUUUCGCCGACGUGUGCAUCUCCGACAAGACGCAAUGCGACAAGCUCCGAGACGUCUUCUUGGCCAAUCCAUGCCUAGCGACACACGUCAAUUACCUCUACCUCGAGCAGGGGUGGCAUAGCUCUGAGUCGGCGCGAUUCAUUCUGGCGAUGUGCCAAAACAUCGAGAUCCUCUCGAUCAGCCAAUGCAACAGCUUCGAGCAGAUCGUUGUACCGGGGAUGUGUUCGUCCUACUAUCCCCGCCUCAAGCAACUCAUGUUGAUCCAGUGCAUGAUUAACACCUUCGACGAGCUUGCCGCCAUACUUCUCCGCACCCCUGCGCUGGAGGAGCUGCAACUACUGGCGACUUGGGUGCAGUACGCCGACUCGGAGCGUCCCGGCUGUACGGAAAUCCCAGCCCCGCAGAACUUGUGGACGGGAUCCUCAUACCAUCUGCGAAGCCUGAUUCUUCAAGACCAUGACCUAGAAUCAUUCCAUCAUUGCGCCCUCUUCUCCAACAGCAUCCGCAGGGUGGAGAACCUCGACAUGGCCGUUGUCGAUCGCUGCGACUACAAUCUCCUCUGCGAUCUGAUGGCGCCGGAAAGGGGCGUCAACAAGUUGACCUUGGCGGCGGCAAAGCGCUCCGAAACUUGGGACCUGGAACGUGAGGGUUGCGAGCACCCCGAAGGUGAGACGGCGGCGGAUCUCGCGUUUUAUUCGUGCCGCAUGCUCAUGGAGACCCCUGCAGACAUGUUCUCCGACUUCAUGGCACGAACCGGCGGAGGCGCGCUGCAAACGCUCGUGUUAAAGGAGCGGGUGUUCGACAGCGUCCGAGAGAAGGAGCUGGAUCCCGAGUUCGACGGAAACUGGGCGAACCAACUCCUGUCAUCGCUCAGGACGGACACGCUCGAGAAGAUCAUCUUUGUCAUCGACUACAACGUGGAGGCGGAGCCAUGGCGCGGCUUCGACUGGGCGGCGGCGGACGAGCUCGUGAGCUGCCCCGAGCGAUUCCCUGCGUUGAAGACAGUCGCGGUCAUUAACAUAAACGAGGACGAUCUCGAUGAUGACGAGGACAUGGAGAACACCAUCCACUACUUUUUGCUCGACAUCGAGCAGAGGCUUCCUAAGGUCAACGAGCGGGGGGUCAUCGCUUGGGACUACGAAAAGGAUGCUGUAUAG